CAGCUGACGUUCGCUCAAACUGUCAUCAGACGUGGUCGUCGUCGCAUCUUCCUCUCCGUGCGUGCGAGUCGUCGUCGUCGUGUUUUGCUUCUAGUGCAUUUUUGCUAGGAUUUUUAUCUCUAGGCCAUCAUCUAUCGUAGUUUUCACACCUUUCCGCUUACUCGAAUCCCUAUCUCAUCGGAAUCAUGGACGGACCGCACGGAAAUCCUCUGCCCAAGAGCAACCCAGCUCCCCAGGAGGGAGAUUUGGACCAGACGCCGAUCUUCCUAGCGGUACUCGUUGUGCUCAUUACUCUCAUGCUGUUGUACGUCUGGAAGAAGAAGCGCACAGCUCGAUCGGAUGUACUGCUAAUGGGCUUGUGCGAUUCCGGCAAGACGCUGCUCUUUUCGCACCUUAUACUGGACGAGGAGAAGGAGACGUUCACCUCGAUCAAGGAGAAUAUCGGCCUCCUCACGACGUCCAGCGGCGAGCUACGGUUGGUCGACAUUCCAGGUCACGAGCGGUUGCGCGGCAAAUUUUUCGACCAGUAUAAAAACUUGUCCAAGGCGAUCGUGUACGUCAUCGAUAGUGUCACGGUGCAGAAGGACAUCCGCGAUGUGGCAGACUUUUUGUACACGGUGCUGGCCGAUAAGGCCACGGUCAGUCUGCCGGUGAUUAUUCUGUGCAACAAGCAGGACGAAGAGCUGGCCAAGGGCGAGGGCAUAAUCAAGAGUCUUCUGGAAAAGGAAAUAAAUUUGGUCCGUCAGACCCGCACCAGUCAGCUGCAGUCGGUGGAUCCCCAGAGUACGGAUGCGGUGUUCCUCGGCAGACCGGACAAGGACUUCGAGUUUGGGCAGCUCUCGCAAAAGGUCCGACUGGUCGCCUGCUCGGCCAAGGAAUGCCAACUGGACGAUUUGAAUGCAUUUUUGGAUAGUUUAUAAGAAGGAGACAAGGGGAACGACAAGACUUAGCUGCUAUGUUCGUAUUUUCUUACCAGUAAUUAUUUAAGGAUUGUGUGGAGGAAGUUAACUACUAGGGUAGGUUUUCUCGGUUUUUUCAUUUCGUUUUUAUCUCGUAUCGAAGAUGGUUCAUGUUACGUAUCUUUCUACUAAUCCAGUGUGUCCUAUGUUUCUAAAUAAAACUUUGAAACACAAA